AUGAAUUGAAAGAAGAAGAGAGAAAAAAUAGAUAUCAUGCAAAGGAAGAGAAGGAAAACAGUAGUAUCUAUAAGGAAAAAAGAAAGUGUCAUUAUAGUAUAGAAAAUGAAAAUGCAAAAGACUUUGAAGGAAGAA